GAUUACUUACCGACCAGCAGCAGCAUGCGAGGGUCCAGCGCGUCCGGGGCCGCGCUCCCCAAGGAGUUCUUCAACCGUCCAGACUUGACGCGCCAAGAGACCGAGUUCCUCGUGAACCUCGCCAAGGAGAUGUGCAUGGAGGUCAUCUUCUACGCGCAAGAGAACGGCGGCACGGUCAAGUGGCGGCUCAUGGAGACGAAAGCUGGCGUCCAAAUCUUCCAGGGCGAAGAGUUUGGCGGCAAUGACGACCUAACGUACGUGUGCGGCGUCAACACAAUCAAGGCCAGCCUCGCCGAGGUCGCCGACAUCUUCAACAUUGCCUCGGAAGAGAAGCUCGCCGAGUACUCGCGCGUCUUCGAGCCAGAUCUCAUCGACAUGCUCUCGAUCUACGACCUCGCGACGCAGACGCCCGACAACCCCAUGCACUACAUUGGCGUGCGCUGGGCGGCUGUCGAGUCGACGUCGCCGCUUGUCCGGAACCGCGAUUUUUGCUACCUCGAGUGCCAAGAUGAGUUUGUCGACACACGCACGGGCAAGCAGGGCUGGGUGCGCUGCAUGCAUUCGAUCAACAUCCCGUCGUGCGUCUCGCUCGAGAAGACGCUCGGGUACGUCCGCGGUAGCUACUACCGGUCCGGCUUUGUGUUUGUCGAGACGGACAAGCCGGGGUUUUUGGACGUGACGCACAUUCUCCAAGUGAACUUCAAGGGCCGCGUGCCGCCGUGGAUCAAGCGCCAGACGCUUCGCCAGCGGGUUCAGAGCAUCUCGCGCAUUGACAAGCAUUUCCAAAUGAAGAAGCUCAGUGCCGGACGCAUCCUUGGCGACAUCGACUUGCCCUCGAAGAAGCACGUCUCCAAUUGCCACUGGUGCGCCCGCAAGUUUGACCUGCUCUUUACGCGCAAAUUUCGCUGCCGCAAGUGCGGACAAGUCGUCUGCAAGCACUGCAGCAGCCACUGGGACCUCUUCCUGCCCUACUCGGGUGAGAAGCGCGUGCGCAUCUGCACCAUGUGCUCGAACCUCUGUCGCAACGAGUCGGACGCCGGCGACGACCGCCUCUCCAACGACCAGUUCACGCCCGACCCGGCGUAUGCACCGCCAGGACGUGCAACGUCGCACCACCAGUCGCAUCACCAGUCGCAGCACCGGCAGUCGUCGGUGGCAUCGUCGUUCUCGAUGGCUGGCGACGAGAUCCACGGCCGGUCGCGCCCGUCGUCAACGUCGUCGCUGCCGCACGUAACCACGGGCUACGCCAAGUCGACCUUGUCGCACUCGGUGUCCUCGCAGCCGCCGUCCCAGUCGCUCGUGCCCGUGGGUACUCUGCACCAAGUGCCGCGGUACCAGCCCGCGACCGACACACAGAGCAGCUACCACUACGACAAGGCGCCGUCGGCGUAUGGUGACCUCCAGAGCGACUACGAGAGCAUGUACGAGACGAAUCCGUUCGAGCGGCUGGCGCAAAACAACCACCAUGCGCCUGCCAAUGUGGCCGCGUACAGUAGCUUCCAGCAGCGCAACGUCUCGUCCGCAUCGAGCGUCGACUUUGAGAUGCCCGAGUUGCAAAACCGGAUGCGUGCCCGGCGCCAAGACGACAACCAGAGUGAAUUCAUGGAGAGCGUGCGCUCGAUCCGACUCGGGAGCGGCUGGGACGUUGACAAUCGGACGGACCUCUUUACGGCCGACAACUUUGGCGAGUCGGACGUCUCAUUCGACACGCUCGACCGCGCGUGGUCGACGCACUUUAAGAAGCAAGGCUCGGGCUCGUCGGUCGCGUCAACCAACUAUGCGUACCCGCCACCCCAGGGAUACGCGCCAGAGCCGCCGUCGUAUUCGCAGCCGCCGAGUUUUGAGGCGCCGCCUGCCUACUAUGGCCGGCCGCCGAGCAACAACAGCAGCACGGGGCUCGACCACGCGAUGGCCCGCCUGCACGUGCAGGACCACAGCUACGAGCCGUCGCCGUACCAGUACCGCUAACGUUAAGUCGCUAUUGCACCACACCGACCCUGGUGUGGUAUUUUCAUCUAGUUUAGCAUCAUCAUCGAUGCAUGUUUAUCUGCGUACUGUGUCAUCUUGGGCGCGAGCCUCUUCUGGCAUGCAUAAGAUGGAAUAAGAUCUAUAUCUAUUCAACGAAAAA